AUGGAUGUAUACCGAAAGAUAAUCCUGUUCAGGCACCCGAAUCCCGGAGGUGGAGGUCUGAAUGCUGCAAUCUUUAAUGUCGCUGGACCACCUCUAGAGGCUGCAACCAAUAAUCGGGUUGUAUCUCUUCUCCCUAGAAAUACUGUGGUUGUUCCUCUCCCUUCAACUUCUCACUUUUAUAGUUGGGAAGGAGUGACCCAUCUAAGACCCAAGAGAAGCAGUAUAAAUAUUCUGUCAGCUCCUUCAGUACCAGAAGAUAAGAUUAGUGGAACUAUGACUAAAACCUGGGCUCCAUGGGUUCAAUCUCUAUAUAACAUUGCAAUGCAGCCUGAGAAGUAUAAGGAUGAAAUGCUGGAGGCAUUAGAUGAUAUUGUUGCAAAACGGCAUCUUUUGGUGUUGGCUAGAUUUCAAGGUCUUGUUUGCUUGGCAGAUGCACGUAAAGAACACCCGCAGUUGUUACUGACAAUUUUUAGGUCCAAUAAACUUAAAUGCAACUCUCAGUGUAAGACUGAAACUCAGUCUUGGAAAUUGCAAGCACUGCACCUGCGUGUUAUUAGCCAAGAUUUUGACUCCCAACACCUGCAGAAUAAGAAGCAUUGGAACUCUUUCAAUACUGCUUUUUUCCGUGAUUCUUUAGAUGUAAUUGAGGAAGCUAGUAAUCAUGGAAAAGCAACGUUACAAGAUGAUAGCAGACUGUUGUCGAUGGAGCUGUGUUGCCACCGGUGUAGAAGUGCGCACCCUACAAUACCCAGGCUAAAAUCACAUAUCAGAAACUGCCAAGCUCCUUUUCCCGAUGCUCUACAGAAAAAUGGUCGCAUAGUGCCAGUGCAAAGCAACUAUGGCUUUGACCCCUAG